UAUUCACCCUGAUUUGCAUGGAUUUCCUCCGGGAACCAACGGCUCUAUAACUGUGUUAAAUUGCAAGCGCCGGCCACAGUCCAUCACAGAUCCACCGGCAGAAGGGAAGCAAGAUGCGGACACUGUGUUUUUUCUGGUGUUUGUCAAUAUGGCUGGGCUCUGGAGAAUCCCAGAGUCUGACUCAACCUCCGACCGUGUCGGUGAAUCCAGGAUCCACGGCCAAGCUGGAAUGUAAUAUCGGAACAAAGGAUAGCGAAUAUGUGCACUGGUACAAACAGACACCGGGAAGAGCCCCACAAAUGGUGCUCUAUUACCAUUAUUCCUCCAGUAGCCCAAGCUACGGCCCUGGGUUUGGCAGCGACCGUUUCACAUCGACAGCCAACAGCGCCGGCACCAUUUACCAUCUGAUCAUAAAGAAUGUGGAGAUGAGUGACGCUGCUCUCUAUUACUGCGGAAAGUGGGUUUCAUCGAUCAGUAAUUUCGUGUUCGGCCCAGGGACCAAACUCUUUGUUGCAGAUCAGCAGCUCCCGGACCCUUCAGUGAAACUGCUUGGGCCGUCAGCCGAGGAGAUCUCCGCUAAAGGAGCGGGCACCUUAGUUUGCCUGGUCAGUAAGUUGUCGAUGGGCUUCCCUGUCGUCAGCUGGACAGUGAACGACAGUCCGACGAGCAGUGAGGUGCAAACCAGCGGGGUGACUCAGAACGCGGACAAAACCUUCAGUCUCAGCAGCUACCUGACGGUGCCCGGCGCAGACUGGAGCAGUGGGAAGAGGUACUCCUGCUCAGUUCAACAAGGAGCAGCCUCGACAAUAUCCGCAACAGUCACACAAUCCAGCUGUUAAACCGAGAGCGGCUUCGGCCUUGUUUGUUCCCUGAUUAACAGGAGAUCACUACCCUGCAUCCUUUUCAUUUACCACACUGACUCACUCAUCCCUGUACUUCCCUUCUGUUCCGCUCUCUCUAGUUUCCAUUCUGAUGUUGGAAUAUUUGUACCCUGAUUUCGGGCUGAUUUUGUUACUUUUCCUACGGAGAGGCUACGCGGUGUUAAAGUGGACAGUUACAUGUCUUCUGGAAAUUUCACGCGGUGAAUGGUUUUCUCUGGCACCGGGGAUUGGAAUAAUUCGAGUAAUUAAUGGGUGAUUUUGUGACUCGUCCUCAGUUUCAGACUAACGGAAGGUAACGGUAACUAAUUACAAAUAAACAUGAUCAGUG